UUGAAUCGCACAAAAGACAGUGCGCUAAUCGAGUCUUCAUUGGUCCAUGGGAUAUCAAGUCCUUGCCAACUCAACUUGGUUCAGAGGACGAACCUGCUGUUGCCAAGACUCCCUCGACUCGUGCGACUCCUCCACCGUUGCAGUCAAGGUAGAUCAUGGUUAAGAGUUACUGUUCAUGUUCACUUUUUUUCUUAUCGCAAUGGAUAGGGUUAGUUGGACAAGCGAGAGUGAACCUAAGCCUGAGCCGUCUUCCAUGAUCGAAACAUCCGCUAGACCGUCUGUAACGGCGUCUUCGGUUUCGGGCGACAGCUUUGUCACAGCCAAUUCCUAUGCGUCGUCGGCCAGUCGUCAUAACGCCAUCGAUCCACAGGCGGAGAGCGAAAAUGACGAAGAUUAUUCCGCAUUGAUCGAGAGCACAAAAUUACCGUUAUCUUCCAACGCAUCGAUAUCAUCUGUCGAGACCGUGCGGCCCGCACCACGAUCCGCCAAUGGGAAUAUCACCAAUCGACCUAUGACCGAGUCCCCCUCGGAUGUAGAGAAUGAGACCGAGGCCCAACCACUUGCUUCCACAGAGACCGACCAUCGACGAAAACGACGCUCGCUCGUCAAAUCCAUUGCUCGAAAACCGAAAUCCAUGCUCUGGCGCAAGGCGGGUUCAGUGUUCGUUCCUAAUGUCGAUACUCCUGCACGAGCCUCCACAAGUGUACGAGCGGGCACGGUGAUUAAGGAGGACGCCCUUCUUUACAUGCGAUCGGGCAAUGGUAGUGGAAGCGAGCCAGCGCGGUACCAAGCCUCAAAAGAGACUCGUUUUGGACUUCGAAAAGAACAAUGGCGUCAAAUGCGGGUGGUGUUGACUUCCACACAUCUGACUAUCUACAGCACUCCGUCGUUAUGCUGGCCCAAAGCGCGCAUAGAGCAUCGCAUUUACUUGGACGGCAACAAACGUGCCAAACAAUUGCAGCUGUUUUUAUAUUCCCCGUUAGAUUAUACCUUUUGUCUCCGACACGCUUCCAAGCAUGAACGAGAUUUUGUCACCUUCACUUUCCAAGCCCGAUCCGUCACUUUAUGCCAGGAGUGGUACCUUGCGCUGUAUCGUCUUUUACCUCCCAUGGCUACCCGUCCUUGCCCGCUGUGGUGUGAAGUUUUCGUUCCUUUACUUGACCUACGUCUGCACUUACCAUUUACAACGGAUUCGGACAAAGAGCCACGCUUUGAUAUCUCGUCCGAUAACGUAUUAUCCGCCGUGUUGGAAGUACUGGAAGAAGACGAUGCAUGGUCGCAUCUUUUGGAAACCAAAUUAGGUACAACUGAUCUCGGUAUGUGCUGGACAAACAAAGAUAGAGCGGAAUGGAUCUACUGGAAAUCGACGAUUGAUGGACGUCAGCGAGCUGAUACAAUGAUCUGUGCUCAAAGCAUUGAACAGACACACCGCUUAGAACUUCGCCACAUCGAACAUAUGCCAAACCACAUUGUGCUUCAAGGCACCACACUAAAGGAGCCACCACCUGUGGAGGGAUUUAUGUUUCGCUCAACCGACUUUUCUGGCAAGCCUAUUCGAACACGUGGUUUCAUUCGUCGACGCUUUUAUUUUGCCACAUUUGAUCAGUACCUGUAUUUUAUUUUGCCCAGCAAAGUGGUACCGCCCGAUCUUCGGUGUCACAUGGAUAACGAGGAAAAUGCAGGGUCUCAGUCAAAUGUCACGGUGAUAACACCGUUUGCAAGUGACGAUGUGGAUGUUCAACGCGAGGAACAUAAUCGACGAUUAAAGAUGAUGAGAGAGGCAUCCGGCAUGAUUGAUCUGCUUGAAGUGCUAUAUGUACGACGGUCAUUUUCGUCCAACGAUUUUCCCAAUCAAGCGGCUAUCAGCGGGGUGAGCGCCAAUUCUUCAACGCCGGUAUUGGGCCACGUGCAAGGCGUACCAUUCCAACCUGCACGCACAGGCACGAAAAGGGACCAACAAAAAGCCAUUUUGGAAUUAAUCAUGGAAAACGGGUUGAUCAUGAAGUUCGAAACCUAUUCUGCUGAAAUGUGCGAUGUUUGGGUGAACUACCUGUCGAGUUUGAUUGUUUAUUGGAAAGCAUAUAAGGAAGCCGAGCGGGAUGUUCACGUGCGGAACGCCAUCUCCGUCGCACCUCACAAUACUUCACUCCAUACGGCGUCAGCAGAAGUUGGAGCCACUGCCACGUCCCCUGUAGUGGCCGAUACGCGUCUUUGGAACUAUUGCUUAUACGAGCAAUGUCGUGAUGUCGUGAAAUCAGGCAUUUUAUACUUCCAGCCAAAAUCUCGAGGAACUUUUACACAAAAGAUCUUUACCUUGACUUCCGACGGAUGGUUGUUAUUUCACGAUAUGUUUGUGCGGUCACCAAGCAGUUGUCAACCGAUGGCUACAUGUGUUCAUCAUAAGAAGGGGCGCUUGGAUAUAGCCAACUGCUAUGUUUACUCGGGUGGCAUUUCGCUUGACACGAGCACGGUGGAAAACCCGAACCGACCCGCUCGACUUUUCAAAGAUGGUCUAGCGACAGCCGACGAAGACAUUGAUUGCGUUUUCUCUCUGUGGAAACCUCGCUUGCGACGCUAUUUUAGCACCAAACGGCAACGGAUCAUUAUUUUCAAGAACGAUCAGCGAAUCUCGGCCCAAGGAGACAUUUGGACAUUCUAUGCACCAAGUCGACAGGAAAAAGAAGAAUGGGUUUGGGCCAUCAAUGUUGUCAUAGACCAUCUGCUGCGAUCAGACAAGCGUGCUCCUGUAUAGCCUGUCUCAUUUCUGCUCCAUUGAUGCUGCCAGCCUUGUCCCCAUAGUUCCACUAACGAAUGGGCGAUUUACAUUCAUAAUAUUUUUUCUCUCACAUGUAGUUCGUUUUCGUAUAUCUGUUUCGUGGUCG